AUGCCGCGGCAUAGUAUCAAAACUGAAGCUUUAAAAAUAUUAAUAGAGCAAAUGGACCGUGCGGGAGAUAGUGUUAUAUUACGUCAUGGAUCUAUUCGUAAAACUUAUUCUAAUGGUGCUGAUUUAUUACGCCCCAAAAACGCUGAUCAGAUAAGCGUCCAAAAUGCAGAUCCCGUAGUGUCAAGGAAAAUACAACUGAAACUUCGACAUUUAAUGAGCUCGUGCACGCCUGAUAAAUAUUUACCAUUGAUGGAUGAUGUAAUUGAAGACGCUACCUCGUAUUUGGCAGUACAUUUAUUGCAAUCACAGGUAAUACAAAUAUGCAAAUGUAUGAAAAAUGUAUUUGUGCAAUGUGAACUAUGGUGUGAUGAAAUAUUACGUCGUGUUUCUCGACCAUGUUGCACUUGUGCGCGUCAUACUUCUGCGCAAGCCCUCAUCGAUCUCACGGAACCAGAAGAGAGAGUCUUUGUAAAACCUGGAACAUCUAAACCAUACCAUGGGCACGAAAUAUCUUUGAUACAAUGUCCUUCAAAACUAAAUAAACUUAGGUCAAACAAAAGUGAAAGGCCAAACAUUCAACCAUGUCCAGCCAAAAAACGGACUAUUGAAUGUGACAAAACUACGGUUUCUUAUCUAUUUCAUGCCAAUGAAUGUCAUCGACGAGAUAAUAAUUCAAAUAGAGGAAGGGUACCAGGGCUUUUUUCUAACCCAGUUGACUCAGUUCCAUCAUUUUCUUCAAUAAAACCAGUUGUUUUUAAAAGUUCAAGUAAAGAAGAUACACAACCGAUAAGUAAUUACGAAGAUUCACCUGAUUUAGAAAGAAAAGGACGAGAAACUGAAGCGUCGUCUCCAGUAUCUUUUUAUACUCCUCAAAGCCAAAGUACUGAUUCCCAAGGCAGGAGUACAGAGCGGCCUUUUUGGCUUUCGCCGACUACUAUGAUGGCACAACUUUAUACUCCAGUCAAAAGACAACAAGAGCCGACCUCACCUGUAAUUAAACAAGCUACCUCUAUUCAUAUAUCUAGACGAAUGGCAUCAGUUAAACGUGGAUAUAAUGCUCGUGCUCCAAUAGUAACGACAGAUCAAAUGGCCGAUUGGCAUUCCAUGAUGGUAAGUUUAAUGUGGAAUGUUCAGGCGUGGCGAAACUGGAUUCAAGAGAAUAUAGAUCGAGCGCUGACAUCAAGUCAUACUGGCGUAAUGUCAGAAGAAUCUUGGACGACAUUUCAAAGACAAAUCACUAUUGAAGCCUUACAAUGGAGACAGUAUAACAAUUUUAGUCGACAAUUAACACUCCGGCUUGCUCAAAGAUAUAGGGAUAAAAAUAUCAUAUCUCCGACUAGAGGCACAGUUAAAACUGCAGCUUAUAUGGAAUGUCAGGAUGAAAUGUUAGAUAUUAUUGAUAUGUUCCGCCGAUGGACGCACUGGUUGACUGUUGUAAUAAGAGAAACGGAUUCGUUUCAACCAACCAGCUGUAAUGAAUCUGAACAUAAUAUGAGAUGGAGACUUUUUAAAAAGAAAGUUAAAGAAUAUUCAGAAGACUGGAAAGUAUACAAUUUGCAUUUAAAACUAUGCUGGGAACAAAAGUACAAGAGAUUAAUUGCAGACUGGCUCCCAGGAUGGAGUAGCACAGAACCGGUGUGGGUGGUAAGUGCAUGUGGCGCGGUACCCGGAGGUGCCGUGGCAGCCGGCGUCUACGACGGAGAGGUCACGUGGGUAGCUAGGACCACACACAGAUGUAACGUAGUGCCUGCUGCUCUACUGCCAUCGAAACAUUGUUGCAUUGUGUACAGUGACGGCGGAGUACACCAAUAUACAAAAUAUCAAGUGAUGUGUAAUGCGGAGGUGUCGUGGCUGGCGUGUCGCGCGGGCGCGGGCGGCGUGUGCGGCGCGGGGCAGGUGCGGGCGGUGCGCGCGGCGCCCGGCGUGCACGUGGGCCGCGUGCUGUACCGCGGCUCGCACCUCGUGGGCGCCGUGCAUGCACCCUGCUACCGCUGUCACGUCGUUAUAUUUGAUCGACCUUUCGCCUUUGACUGCUACGAGCUACUCGUCCUUUCGGAUGAUGUGCACUCGUCGUCCUAG